CAUAAAGGAUGAAACUGUGAUUCCUAAGGGCAUUGUGUUCUUCAAAGUCUGUCUGUGUGUACCUGCCAAAAGACAGGGGAGUGGCUCAGUUUAAAAUCCAACCCAGGAGUCCUGUGAAAACUUGCCUGUGAAAGAAGAAAGAAGAUGAAAUAGAACACAACAGAAUUUGGGCAACAACUUUCACAUACUGCACAGGUGAAGUUCAUGGACAACUCCUCAGUGGACGCUUAACUGGACUUUUCUUUAAAAAGAAACCAAAAUCAUUCUGCUCUUUCCAGGAUCAAAGUUAUAAUGAAAUGGACGAUUUAGGACAAAGAAACUAUUCAGUGGGGAGUUUAGGAGACAAAGGCACUGAAACUAGACUCACAUCUCUCCCACCACGAGGCUUCAGUGCAUCGUCCGGGAAGGGAAUGUCAAGUCACUCUGGAAGUUCUAGCUUGGACAAGAACAUUAUAACCCAAAACAGUUCUUACUUCUUUUCCUCUUCUGGGGGUGGGAGUACGGGUGGAUUAGGAUCUGAUCUCAGUGACCUUCUGACAGAGGAGAACUCUGUGAGUAUAAGCAGGAAGGCAGGUGGCUCUUCUGAUGGUUUUGAUAGUGCGUUUGGAUCGGGCUCUGGGCUAAGGGUGAGAUCCAGCUCUUCUGAUGGCAAUAGGAGAACACAAGAUUCCUGCGUCUCCCCUUUGUUUCUGGAGAAGAAAAGCAAAAGCACUCUUUCCAGUCAUUACGAUGGAAGCUCAAGUGACAAUUCGUCCCCAGAGACCAAAAGAAAGGACCAUGGAUCAUCUAGAGGGAGGACUCACAGCAGAGAGUCGGAGAUCAGGACAAGACUACAGAGUGCAUCUCCAUCCGCAAGAUGGACAGAGCUAGAUGAUGUGAAAAGGCUACUGAAAGGAUCACGCUCUGCCAGCGUAAGCCCUACAAGAUCUCCCUGCACCUCUCCUCUGCCCGUCCCUCGCAAAGCCACCAUAGAGACCAGCAUCUCGACAAAGCCAGGCAUUGACAGGAAGAUGAAGACAGCUCAGGCUGAUGACAUGUUGAACUCUGAGCAAUACGAUAACACUUUUCCGGAGACUGACCUGUCCUCAUUUACAUGGAACACCUCCACACUGCCCUCCACUGGUAAUGCAGCCUACAGCUUCCACAGCAACACCAACAACAUGUCAACUGGAGCUUCUCUUGUCCACAGCACAUCCCCAUCUUCUUUAUCAGUGUAUGGAUUCCAAAACAAUUUAGGAGUUUUAAGUUCCAGUGGAGCUAACACAAUUCCAGGGUAUGGGGUGGAGAAAAAUUAUUCAUCAAUCACAAACAGCACUGUUGGAGUGAGCGCAGGUGUCUCCACUUCAGGAUAUGGGGUACAGAAAAAUUACUCAUCAAGUCCAAACAGCCCUGUUGGACUGGGCACAGGUGUCUCCACUUCAGGAUAUGGGGUACAGAAAAAUUACUCAUCAAGUCCAAACAGCCCUCUUGGACUGAGCACAGGUGUCUCUUCUUCAGGAUAUGGGGUGCAGAAAAAUUAUUCAUCAAGUCCAAACAGCCCUGUUGGAGUGAGCACAGGUGUCUCCACUUCAGGAUAUGCAGUGCAGAAAAACUAUUCAGCAAGUCCAAACAGCACUGCUGGAGUGAGCACAGGUGUCUCCACUUCAGGAAUUGGCACAAGGGUCCUUAAUGAGAACGUGACAAAGAAAUAUCUGACAUCAGAGAAAGAGAACAUUCCUGUGAAGAGAGAGACAGAAGAACUUAUUUUGACCAAAGACAGUGGCAAGCAGUUUACCACCAGCGCCCCCAAUGGCAAAGCGGAUUCAUAUUCAGAUGUUUCAGUGAAGAAGGAUAUUUUUACUACCAGCUAUUCUGAAAGCGCAGCAGUCAAGUCUAGCUCUGGUGCAUACUAUGGGUCUGGAGCAGUGACGACAAAAGAUAAAGCUACAUAUGCAGAGAUUCAUAAGUCUGAGGAUGAGGACGACUGUAACUGUGUAGGGGGUUGUUGUGGGCCGCAUUGCUGUUCAUGGUGGAAGUGGCUGUUUGGCUUUUUGCUCGGUCUUCUGCUGCUCCUUGGACUUCUGUUUGGACUCAUUGCUUUGGCUGAGGAGGUGAAGAAACUGAAGAAUCGUGUCAGUAAUCUUGAGGGAAUUUCCUCCUCCAUGAAUCCACACACAAGUCGCCUGUUAGCUCCUAUUGACGUCAACAAUGGUGGAGUUAGAUCUGCAUAUGAGAAUACACUGGAUCUGGGGUCUACAGACUUUUCAGGCAAUUUAGCACUGCAAAGUUAUAUACAACAAACUCUGAGAACAGAGAUGAAGUCUGAAGCCACGAGAGAGCAUCUCAUGUCUUUAGUCAAAGCUGAAGGAGGACUGCGGGGGCCAAAAGGUGACACUGGACCUCAAGGGUCCAAAGGAGACAGUGGUUUACCAGGACUAUCAGUGCCAGGACAUCCAGGAAGAGACGGGUCAAAAGGAGAAAAAGGUGAACAGGGUGCAGAUGGGCCAGCAGGUUUCAGGGGAAGAGAUGGAUCCCGUGGAGAGCCAGGACCACCAGGAAUGGGAGAAAAGGGUGAAAGGGGUGCUGCCGGUUUACAGGGUGAACAAGGUCCUCGAGGCUUUAGCGGUGAACCUGGUCCUAAAGGUGAUAGGGGUCCACCUGGAACUAAAGGUGAUCACGGUGAUAAAGGAGACAGUGGGAUUUCAGGUUUUCCUGGGUCUGCAGGGAGACCUGGACCAUCUGGUGAGAAAGGAGCAAAAGGAUCAGCAGGAUCUCAAGGACCUGAUGGUGAAAAAGGCCAAAGAGGUGAGACAGGGUCAAUUGGCCUACCAGGAAUCCGAGGACCAGCCGGGCCACCUGGUGAUGCUGGACUUCCAGGAACUCCUGGUCUACAAGGACCUCCAGGCAUUCCUGGCAAUCCUGGUCAACCAGGGGUUAAAGGUGAGAUCGGUGCACCUGGUAGAGUGAUUAAUGCAGCUGGCUCUAGCUCAGUGGCUAUCUCAGGCCCACCUGGCAGCCCUGGACCUCCUGGCCCAUCUGGACACCCUGGACUCUCAGGUCCAAUCGGCCCUGCUGGACUUCCUGGACAGCCUGGUCCUAAAGGUCCCAAGGGAGAUCAGGGAGAUCAAGGUGAACCUGGUAUUGCAGUCAGAACUAGUGAGACCGUGAGUUCAAGGCGAGCAGAAAGUGUUUAUGGUGCACAGAAUGCUGAUGUGACUGGACCACCAGGUCCCCCAGGCCCUCCUGGACGUCCAGGAGAUUCUAUACAAGGACCACCAGGACCACCAGGUCAACCAGGAUACGGCAGACCAGGUCCAAAAGGAGACAAGGGAGAUUCAGGAAGCUUUGUGCCAAAUUCAGGAACAUUCUUUGCUGGACCACCUGGGCCACCUGGUUCUCCAGGGCCUAAAGGAGCAACAGGUGCUCAAGGACCAAGGGGAUACCAAGGUGAACCGGGUCAACCUGGCCUUGCGGGGAGUUCCGGUAGAGUUAUCACUGAAUAUGGUGCGGGUCAAGGACCACCAGGUCCCCCAGGGCCUCCAGGACCCCCGGGACGAGACGGACGUAAUGGGGAGCCCGGACUACCAGGUACAGCGAUAUUCCAAAGAGAUUCAAGAGGGUCAGUGGCAGUCGGGCCCCCAGGGGUGCCUGGUCCUGCUGGUCCUCCUGGACCUCCCGGUGCUCCAGGCUAUUCCGGUGGAUCACAUUCAACUGCAGAUUAUCGUCGUUACAUCAUGGAGUAUAUGCAGAGUGACAGCAUGAGGCAGCAUUUGUCUAGUAUUCAAGGGCCACCAGGACCACCUGGGGCUUCAGUGUCUGUGGAGGAAGUGGCAUCUCGGGUCGUUGCCUACCUUCAGCGUUCUGGAAUCAGUGGUGUCAGUAUAAGUCAAGGUUCUCAAGGUCCACCGGGUCCUCCAGGCCCACCUGGAAGCAUAACUGCUGAAUACAUUAUUUCACUGUUACAGAGAGAGGACGUGAGGAGAUAUGUGAUUGGCCCUCAAGGACCACCGGGAGCACCUGGCAGUAUUGCUACUAGCUUCAACACACAGGAAGUAGCAAACUAUGUCAUCAGAAUAAUGAGAGAGCAGGGAAUUAUAAAUAAGGCUGGACCACCAGGCCCUCCCGGCCCCCCCGGCCUACCAGGCUCGACCUACAGUGACAUUACCACUUUAAUUCAGAAAUCAGGGCUCAGUGGAAGCAUUGGACGUCCUGGGCUGCCUGGUCCUCCUGGCGUACAGGGACCUCCUGGUCAACCCGGUGCUUCAGGAAGCAGCUCAACUGUGAUCUCAGGUUUAAAACUGGAGGACAUCCAGCUCUACCUGCAGAAAAGUGGUUUUAGAGGACCUCCAGGCCCACCUGGUCCACGAGGACCCCAUGGACCUCCAGGAGAUGUUACAGGCCUGGUAUCAUAUAGUGGAUCUUCCCAAGCCCAGAGAGAACACAUCCGUGCUGAGCUGCAGGAGUACUUCAACAGUGACGCUGUAAGACGCUACAGUCUCCCUGGGCCUCCCGGACCCCCUGGACAGAAAGGUGAACGUGGUGAACCAGGAUACAAUUAUCAGAAUGGGAGAAGCCAGUAUCGUUUAGGCACUGAGACGGGUGAAGCAUUGGACUAUUCUAAUGUUGCACUGAAAGUGACCGACUACAUAAAGGAUCAGGGUCUACUGCAGGAUCUUACAGAGGGGUACUGGAGAGGACAAGAACAACGGUUCCAAGGACCCCCAGGGCCCCCUGGUCCUCCUGGCACGACCGGGUACAGCCGCGUGUUUGCUGCCUAUGGAAACGUGACUGCGGACCUUGUGGACUUCUUUAGAAUACACGGGACCAUUCCAGGACCCCCUGGUAGGCAGGGACCUAGAGGAGAGAGAGGAUACCCAGGACCAAAAGGAGAGAAAGGGGUUGUAGGAAGCUCAGGAAUAUCUGGCCUGCCGGGACAAAGAGGACCCGAAGGGCCAAGAGGAGAGAAGGGUGAAAAAGGUGAUACCCAGUCUGGUAGAUGGAGAAGAGCUACUGGUGUAUAAAGACUCAUAAAGUUGUAGUAGAAGCACCAUGAAUAUCAUCAAGAAAAUAUAAAUAAACACAUAAACUUGCCUCUCUUUAUGAAGUAAUGCAGGUCAGAGGCUUGUUUGGAUCCUAUAUUAUCACAAUAUACAGUUUUAUUAUCAAGCAAAUGCAUGCUAUAUUUUAAUCCAAACAUUUCACACAUUGUCAGAGCUUUACUAGUGUGGUUUUAUGACAACAGUCUAACAUUUUUCCAUUGUUUUUGUAUUUGAUAUAAAAAAAAGCACUUGAAAUGUACUUUUCCCUAAAAGCGGAUUUUAAGCUUUUAUUUUUUAACGCAAUGGUUUUGGCUGUUUUUGUAUUGUAUGAAUCUUAUGAAUAUAUUGUUUCACAGAAAGCAAACGAUCAGAUUCUAAAAUGACAAACCAGUCAUAAAAAAAUAAACUGUUUAAAACA